UCAGGUCACGCGUCUCUGUUUUCAGGGAAAACCCGGACCAAGGACAAGUACAGGGUCGUGUACUCGGACCACCAGAGGCUGGAGCUGGAGAAAGAGUUCCACUUCAGCAAGUACAUCACCAUACGACGCAAGACGGAGAUAGCUGGUCAGUUGGGGCUGUCAGAGAGACAGGUAAGUUACAACUGGUCAGUAGGUGCGUCUGGGUAGGUCAGUGAAUAGUUGGUCUUUUGGCGCUUCUCGGUUGGUUAGUGGAUAACGGGUAAGUGGAUGCUUUUCGGUUACCGGAUGGUGGAUAGCUGGUCAGCUAGGGCAGCAGAGAGAUAAAAGAGGAGACGUCAUGUUGACACGAGAACUGAUGUUUUUUCCACAUUUAUCAUAAAACACCUUAGAAAGUCAUUGUCAGAAAGAUUGUCAGAGCUUUAGCUCUUGUCAAUGCAUUUGCUCUUGUCAGAGCCUUAGCUCUUGUGAGGGCGCCAGCUCUAUUUGGAGCGUUAUCAAAUUUUGCCAUCGCUGCAUUCCGAUAAAAGAAUCAGACAAAAAGCUGCUUUGAGAAAAAUGAAUGAAAUUAAUAGGAACUGCUAGGGAUCAUAUUAUCUUUGUCCAUAACUGUUGAUGGAUUGUCAUGUUUGCUACUUUUGGUCAAUGUUUCGUAAUAAUGAAGAGGCCCUCAACUGUUCAGUGUUUUUAAUACUGCGUUUUGGGUUCACUAUAAUAAAGUGUUAACCCGUUCUCCGGGUUUACUCUUUAAAGCGCUCUGUAUAGUCAGUGAAGUGAACCUAAGACAACCAGGUCAGUCAUUGCUUCAUGAGACCGUGUGCUGUAAAAAAAUAAUCUCCGUCGAGAUAACACGUUGAAGCUGGAAGUCUUAAACAGUAAAUACUCAGCCGAGGUAUUGUAGUUAAACCGAUGCCUCGACUCUUGCACUGGAUUGCUUAGCAUCAGAAGAAUACGGGAAGAAGAUGAAUAAUCACAUAAUCUCCUAAUCUCUUGGUAAAGCACUGGCUAAAUCAAUGAUUUGUGCUUAACACAUUUUUUUUAUGCUACACCGAAGCGUAUAUUUUACAAUGUUAUAUCAUUAUGCGAUGGCAAUGACUGUCAGUUGUCUGUGAUUUUUCUCCCUCUAAAUUAAAAUCUAGAACAAAAAGCAAACACGUUAUUUCCAAAAGAAAUAGACGAUUUGAAAUAGAAGAACUAAAUUUGAUCAAUUGAAAUAGAUUAAUUGAAUUGGAUGAAUUGACAUAGAUGAACUAUAAAUGAAUUAAAUUAGAUGAAUUAAAUUAUAUGAAUUAAUUUUAAAUUAGAUAAAUUAAAAAAGAUGAACUCAAAUAGAUGAAUUGAUAUAGAUGAAGUGAUAUAGAUGAAUUGAUAUAGAUGAAUUGAUAUAGAUGAAGUGAUGUAGAGGAAUUCAUAUAGCCACCGAACACACUUAGACUUGAAAGGCCCAUGUUCGUCAAAGCGACGCGUCUCUUGAGAGUUCAUACACAUUUACUUAAACCAAAUCUCUUGUCCAAUUCUCCAGGUGAAAAUUUGGUUCCAAAACAGACGGGCCAAGGAGAGGAAACAGAACAAGAAGCGACAGGAAGUGCCGUCCGAACUUCAGCAUCCCACCGGUGGGUCGGGGUCCAACCACAGCAGCAACCACCAGGAGCAGCCCCACCAGCACCAGAUGCUCCAGGGACCCACGCACGACGCCCACCCCCACCUCUUCCUGAAGACGGAGAAGGAAGACGAGUUCCCCAUCAAGCACGAGCUCACGGGUCACAGUGCGACCUUGACCCCUCUCAUUCCUCAUCAAGGUCAAGGCGGCGUCAUCCACCAGAGUCAUCACACCAUGGGGAUGAUCGGCGCCCCGGCGAUCCUCGGCCGUGGCCACGCCCACCCGUCGAUGGCCCGGUACCACGAGGGUGUGGUGCAGCGGCCCACCAUGACGCCCCCGUCCCCAGGCGGCGACCUCAGCUACAGACUCGCCGGCAACAACGGCACCGAUUCGGCCGGCAACAGCAUGAACCUCUCCGGCUCCUCCGACAGCGGCGUACUCUCUUCCCACUGACCACUCCGCCGCUGAUUAAGAAGAAAUAGGGACUCACUUUCUUGAUCAGAUGGACUCCCUAAUGACCAGUGUGAGUGACCUUAUCCGUACUGGCUUGGAGUCUUCUGUUUUAAUGAUGGCAUUCAUUAUAAUGCGUCACACAAAGAUGAGCUUCAUAAAUGUGUACUAUUCAGUUGAGGUAGCGUUAUAAGGAGACAAUAUUCCCUUUAAUUGUAUAGUUUAUGUACCUUAACUAGUCCUUCGCCAGGACUCUGUGGACACUGAUGAAUGAACUGCAUACACACUGGAUGUCUCUGAAAGAGUCAAUAUAAUUUAAUUGCAUCCUGUAUAAUCCAAAAUAUUCUUGCGCCUUGAAAUCAGCAAGUUGCAGCUUGACACACUCAUGACUCUGCACGUCAUUUUCACAAUGAAAGCUUAAACUGUG